CGAUCGUUCUCUGCUUUUCAUCUUCACUCUUUCUUCAUACUCUUUUCCUUGACCCCACACCUCAUUCACUCCUCCAUUCACAUUCAGUCGUGGAACUCAUUUCAUUUCCCUUCUUCCUACAGACUUUCUCUUUUAUCCCUAUUCUUUGUGAAACACGAAUUAUAAUCCGUAUGACAACAUUAUCAAAAUCAUUCAAGGGGCUUUUCCCCUGGUCCCCACGAAUAUGUCGUACCCAUCAUCGAGUUUUAAUUCUUCUUGCUACACUCCUUUUCAUCUCUUCAGGAUCGUUAGUGAUCCUGCAUUUGACCCAUACCCCAUCAACUAGUACAAGUCAACUCCAAGAUCCCUAUUCCUCCUUUUCAUCCAGCUCAUCCUCUAUUACUCGCUGGACCGCUGGAGGGUUCAAGAGUAGAAGUUACAACCAUCAACACUGGGAUAAGAAUAAGGUACUUGAUGGCUACGAUGAUACUGAAGGCCAAGGGAAUGACCAGAGGCAAAUUUUUGAUCAAGACCAGGAAGAUGAAAACAAAGACUUUAUCAAGUUCAUCCACAACAAUCCUGAAAAGGAUCCAUAUCGGACAACGUUUGGCCGACCUAGGGCUGCAUUACCUCACCGCAACACAUUUAAUGAUGAGCGAAAGCAAAUGUUGAUGCAACAGCAGCUUGAAGCUCAAGAACAGCAACUAAAGCGCUCACAUGAACAGAUCCCUGAAGCCCAGCAAGAUUCAAUACCACCUCAUAUUGCCUCAUCGGAACAAGGUCAAGAAGAUCAAGAACGUCAACAUCAACACCACUCGUCAACUCCUAAAGAGCAAACUUCCACAGAAUCCGGCCAGGAAUCAAGCCUGAAAGAAUUAAUUGACAUCCCUAGUAACAACAUCAACAGCAACAAGGGUGUUAUUAAUGAUAGAAGAAGUGAUAGUGAAGACAAUAACAGUAGUGGCAGUGGCGACGAUGAAUACAUUCGCCAAAGUGCUCUGGAUCCUCGCCCGUUUGAAGACAUCUUGCAGCAACAAGCUGGCGCUAACGCUAACAUCAAAGCACCGACUCGAUACUUGACGUAUCUACCCUACGCAGGCAUCACAAAUCAGUUUUAUGGAAUGCUGCGUGGCAUGGAAAUAGCCAAAGCUUUAGGUCGCACCUUAAUCAUUCCUCCGAUCACUUCCUCCAGCCACGACAAGUCUAAGCAGAACCAACCUUGGUCCAAAUUUCUAGAUCUGAAAAAGUUUUCUCAGCUGACUGGGGCCAACGUGGUCGAAUUCCAUGAAUUACGAGACCAGGAACGGACUCCUUACAACCAAAUACUGUGCCGCAUCACCUGUGGAUUCGGAUCUAAGCGAUCGAUCGACUUCACUGCGAAAGCCUUUCUAAGGCAAUGGCGUCUCAAUGCCACACUGACACCCCUCCCGGUGGAUGAUGGGAAGCUCGAGACGAUUCUCUCGACUUUGGAACCCUAUGAUACAGAUAAGCACAUCUGUGUCUCGAAUACAUACAAAGUUGCUGUCAAAGACAAGUCUGAAUGGGAGAAAUUUGGCCAACACCUACAUUUUACGCAGGAACUAGAACAAUUUGUCCAGCGGUUCCUAGACAAAACCCUGAGUGUCAACAGAAUUUCAGCUUCUGAAGUAUCUGUAUCAACACCAGCAACAGUAUCAGACAAUGAAGAUAAUAGCCAAGGUUCCCCUGCUACUACCCUUGAUCGUCAUCGAUAUAUUGCGGUCCAUGUUCGUCGCGGUGAUUUUGCAAAGUAUUGUGAAGGGAACUUUGCAGGAGCCAAGAUGAUUCAUUGUCUUCCCACUACAGACCAGAUUGCAGAGCGAGUCAAUCAAAUCCAAGAACAACUGAACCCUACUCUAGAUGAUCCAUCUCAAAUGCUUCCAGUCUUUGUGGCUACUAAUGAACGAGACCCUCAAGAGCUGAGACGCUUUGCGAAUCUGGGCUGGCAAUUCUUGGACCAUGAGACCAUGAGGACCAUCGAAACUCUGGGUGUUUUUGGGCCAAUGAUGGUCGACCAGGUCUUUAUGGCCUAUGCAGAAGCUCUGGUAGGGAUUCAAAUGAGCACAUUUUCACGAGUUGGGGCACUCAGACAACGAGAUUGGCGAGGUCGUCAAGUUGAAUACAUGUGAUAAACCUAUGUUUACAAAAGAAAUAGAGAAGUGCUUUCACUCAUUGCUUUGCUUUGCAACGUCAUCUGAACUAUCACAUGGACUAUGAAAUACUCCGCAAAAUCAAAAUAUGAUAUCAAGUACCG